AUGGAUGCCAAUCCAUCCUUCUCGCUGUCAUGUCUCUACAGAAGCGAUCCAAUUUAUUCGCUCUGUGCCUCAGAUUUAAUGACCGCUUCUCAAACUGUGAACAAUAAUUUCAUAAAGGAACAGAAGCAACUUAUGAAGGUAACGUUCUUCUUUUUACUGUGUUAUUUUGUAUUUUAAUAUUUUCCUUCUGUUUCGCUUGUUUGAAUAUAACCCACAUAUUUAGACUUGUGUUUAACUUUAUUAACUUAUAGCAUACAAUUGUCGGCUAUAUUUUACUAGGCUUGUUACAAGAUUGUUUAGCUGAUUCAACUGAUUCAAAUGUUGAGUUGCAGAUUGCAUAAAUAGCCUAUUCAUGUUCCUAUAAGCAUAUAUUCACUUUUCAUUGAAAGUUAGAAGCAUCACGUGACUUUCAAUAAUUUCAGUUACUGCUCUGUUAACUGUGUAAAUAAUUGUCUAGGCAGUGAAACUAGCUGGUGACUUAUUCAUUUUCAGCUUAACCCUUUACACUCGUGGGAAUUGGCCAAUAUGGAUAGGGCUAAAUUGAAAUGUUUCUUACAGAAGAGAUAUGAAAAGCAUUUGGAUAACAAUGGUAGCAAUUGAAAGGGAACAGUUUGGAGAUUAUGGGGAAAUUAUUAGACCAAAGGUGAGGACACAACAGUUCACCUGACACAAAACAGAAUCCAAACAUUACACUGUGUGGUCCUCUGUAGCUCAGCUGGUAGAGCACGGCGCUUGUAACACCAAGGUAGUGGGUUACACACCCAUACAAACAAAACAAAAAAAUAUGUAUGCACGCAUGACUGUAAAUCGCUUUGGAUAAAAGCGUCUGCUAAAUGGCAUAUUAUUAUUACUUGAUUUUAUGUGGUCCUCUGUAGCUCAGCUGGUAGAGCACGGCGCUUGUAACGCCAAGGUAGUGGGUUCGAUCCCCGGGACCACCCAUACACAAAAAUGUAUGCACGCAUGACUGUAAGUCGCUUUGGAUAAAAGCGUCUGCUAAAUGGCAUAUUAUUAUUAUUAUUAUUAUUAUGUGCAUUUUACAUUUACUGUACUUUUCGCCGCAUUUGUUGAUAGCGAAAUCUGAAAAUACUGGAUACAUUAAGUAGCAUGAUAAGAAUAUUCCUGGAAAAUGUGGGGUAGGCAAGGGUUUGAGUGAGAGGACUAACUUGUGUCUCCAAGUGGCCACACACCUCUCCAAAGUGUACACAGUUCCUAAGUAAUUUCAAUGCACUUUUAUGACUCAAAUAAGAGUCUUCAACUGCAGUGCAUUCAGAAAGUAUUCAGACCCCUUGACUUUUUCCACAUUUUGUUAUUACGUUACAGCCUUAUUCUAAAAUGGAUUAAAUCGUUUUUUCCCCUCAAAUCUACACACAAUACCCCAUAAUAACAAAGCAAAAACUGUUUUUUAGAAAUUUUUGCAAAUGUAUUAAAGAUACAAAACUGAAAUAUACAUUAACAUAAGUAUUCAGACCCUUUACUCAGUACUUUGUUGAAGCACCGUUGACAGCGAUUACAGCCUCGAGUCUUCUUGGGUAUGACGCUACAAGCUUGGCACACAUGUAUUUGUGGAGUUUCUCACAUUCUUCUCUGCAGAUCCUCUCAAGCUCUGUCAGGUUGGAUGGGGAGCGUCGCUGCACAGCUAUUUUCAGGUCUCUCCAGAGAUGUUCGAUCGGGUUCAAGUCCGGGCUCUGGCUGGGCCACUCAAGGACAUUCAGAGACUUGCCCGAAGCCACUCCUGCGUUGUCUUGGCUGUGUGCUUAGGGUUGUUGUCCUGUUGGAAGGUGAACCUUCACCCCAGUCUGAGGUCCUCAGCGCUCUGGAGCAGGUUUUCAUCAAGGAUCUCUCUGUACUUUGCUCCGUUCAUCUUUCCCUCCAUCCUGACUAGUCUCCCAGUCCCUGUCGCUGGAAAACAUCUGCACAGCAUGAUGCUGACACCACCAUGCUUCACCGUAGGGAUGGUGCCAGGUUUCCUCCAGACGUGACGCUUGGCAUUCAGGCCAAAUAUCUUGGUUUCAUCAGACCAGAGAAUCUUGUUUAUCAUGGUCUGAGAGUCCAAGCGGGCUGUCGUGUGCCUUUUACUGAGGAGUGGCUUCCGUUUGGCCACUCUACCAUAAAGGCCUGAUUGGUGGAGUGCUGCAGAGAUGGUUGUCCUUCUAGAAGGUUCUCCCAUCUCCACAGAGGAACUGUGGAGCUCUGUCAGAGUGACCAUCGGGUUCUUGGUCACCUCCCUGACCAAGGCCCUUCUCCUCCGAUUUCUCAGUUUGGCCGGGCAGCCAGCUCUAGGAAGAGUCUUGGUGGUUCCAAACUUCUUCCAUUUAAGAAUGAUGGAGGCCACUGUGUUCUUGGGGACCUUCAAUGCUGCAGAAAUGUUUUUGUACCCUUCCCCAGAUCUGUGCCUCGACAAAAUCCUGUCUCGGUGCUCUACGGUCAAUUCCUUUGACCUCAUGGCUUGGUUUUUGCUCUGACAUGCACUGUCAACUGUGGGACCUUAUAUAGACAGGUAUGUGACUUUCCAAAUCAUGUCAAAUCAAUUGAAUUUACCACAGGUGGACUCCAAUGAAGUUGAAGAAACAUCUCAAGGAUAAUCAAUGGAAACAGGAUGCACCUGAGCUCAAUUUCGAGUCUCAUAGCAAAGGUUCUGAGUACUUAUGUAAAUAAGGUAUUUUGGAAUUUUAUUUUUUGUCAUUAUGGGGUAUUGUGUGUUGAUUGAUGAGGGAAAUGUUUUUCUUUAAUCAAUUUUAGAAUAAGGCUGUAACAUAACAAAAUGUGGAAAAAGUAAAAGGGUCUUAAUACUUUCCGAAUGCGCUGUAUAUGGUGCUUUUUUUAUAGCUCUCCUAGCUGUGCUGUUGAGGAACUAGAGCAAGCACACUUGUAGUUAUUUUGUUUAGAACACAACCCUGCAUCCCAGCAAUCACACAAUUACUGUUGUUGUUUACAAAAUCCAAAAACGUCCAUUAUAAAUCGCAAUCUGGGUCAGGUGGGCAACAUUUGAUAGGUUGUUCUAUUGCCAACAUGACUAGCUAAGUUAUAAAAUAUGAUAUUAGUGUUAGGCUUUCACAAGGCAAUUCAGGGAAACAGAUCAUAGUUUUGGUGCGCAUAGAAAUGAGUCAUGAGUGCAUUCAGGUGCGUGUGCCUCGGUUACUGUUCUUCACAAUAAACAAACGGGCUCAUUCUGUUCAGAACAACCCAGGGUGUUGACGCCAUGUCAUCUUGUAAAUGUACAUCAAACAUAGUGAUCAUAAACAUUGACACUGUUUAUGGUAAGAGUUUUAUGAUAUGGAAAUUUGAAGUGCACAUUUUGGUGUUAGGCUUUUUUUUUGGGGGGGGGGGGGGGGGGUAGAUCAGCUUUAAUAUUGCAGAUUGUAACUUCCAUCAAUGUAAUUGUCUGCAUCACUUCCAAUCCCCCAUAUGUUGUUUUUUCUCGCAAAUAUAUAUACAUACAUACACAUAUACAUAUCCUUAAAAAAAAUAUAUUUCCCUUUAUUACUUUCCAACCCCCACCACCCCUUCCCUAAUUGGAGUAAACUAGUGAACAACAAUGCUUAGGCCUCUACUUCCAGCUUAUACAUACUAUAUACAUUUUAUGGACACAGUCAAUUUUACAAUAAUUAUAUUUUGUUUGUUUUUACUCCUGAACUUCCUCUACCCUCAACCUCUCCAAUCAUUUUCAUGAUGUCCAUCUGGUUUGCUUCUAUAUGCCAUAUCUUUCUAACUGUGCUCUUUCACAAAAGCUCUCAACCUAUAACCUAUAUACUUAUUAUGGGCACAGUAUGCUUUACAUUAGUUAUCUUGUUGUUGUUAGUUGUUAUUAGUCCCAUCCUUCAACUCCAUUCAACACCACCCAUCUAUCUCUUAACACCAUCCAUAUUGGAUUUCUAUUUGCCAUAUAUUUUUCAACUGUACUGUGAUGUUUGGCUUGUUUGUAUGACAUCACAGUGGUAUUUAUUCUAAUCCUCAAUGUUUUAUCUUUCAAAAUACAUAGUCCUCUUCAAUGAGCAUUUCCCUCACUCAGACAACAGAAAAGUGGCCCAAUUAGCAACAAAAAAAAACAUAUACAUUCUGUUCUCAGCAUCAACAAAACUCUCUAUCCUCUAUUUUGUUAAGUUUGUUCAGGUGUGUUGGCCGCCCCCACUAAUUGGCCACACCCAAUCUUAAUGAGUUCUUGUUUCCUUUGAAAUAUGGUCUGUUUGAAAAUACUAAAAUUAACAGCUUUGUAUGCGUAAAAAACAUGGCAUGCUAGCUCCAUCCUGGUGGUUCAGUGGACUAAUUCCAUGGAUAGAGAACAGAAGAUUAUAGGUUUGAAUCGUGCUGAUGCCGUGUCACAAUAAAUAAAUAUAUGUUUUGCUUGAUUAAUGCCUAAGGACAUUUAUUUCCAUGUGUCCUAUCUGUGCUUGGAGUUAAAAAAAAGUUAACCCCAAAGAAGUUAGCAGUGUUAUUAAAAGUCUUAUUGAAACAUAUUGAACGUUUUAAGGAAGUUAUUCAAAAACCUCUAAAUAACCUAUAAUUUCCAUUCUCAGAGCAUUAAUAAAACCUCCCAGGGAAACUUUCUCGGAACCUCCCUGCAACAUAAAAAUAAUCGUUCCCAGAACAGGCGAAAUUUUCACUUCUGUUCUUAGAAUGCUUAAAAAUCCUUCAGUUUUACCAGUCAGGAAACAUAUGGCUUCAUUCACACAACCAAUGUGAAACUAAAAACACACAUUCCCACAACUUCCAAAGAACCAAAUGUGCUAGCUGGGUAUGCAAAAGGGUAGUGUUUUUGUUUCAUUUUGAUCAAAUAUUCAAAAGUGCAUAAAUCUCUUGGUAAUGUCCAUAUAUUUUUGUCUUUAUUUACAUAAUGCAAUAUUUCCCUCAAAAUAAAUCACAACAAAUACUAUUUCUCAGCUCCACGGUCUUUGAUGUCAGUGGUGCAGAUUAAUUGGCAAACGUGAUGUCCCCAAAAUGGAGACUCAAAUUAGACCCAUGGCAACUGGCGGUCUAGUCACACAUUUACAACCCUAUUAAUGUAAUUCAUGUUCCUUUUAGAUCUGUUCAGUAUAGUCUGUGGUUCUGCAGAGGACACCCAGUACCUAACAAAUAGAGAGGGAAAAAAACAGUAUUCCAACUCAGUCUUCACUAUCUGGCCAGGCUGGGAAGGGUGGGAGUACACAUUCUAACUACAACCAUGUGAUUUCAAGUAAUGUCAACCACUAGUCCUAACUUUAACCCUAACCUUAGCCCUAACUGUACUGACAAGAUAAAGAACAAAUAUCUCAUGCACUUGCUCAACAGAUCAAAUGACACUGCUACUUUUGUCCAUUCCAACAUGGCCGUUUAGUCACUUCCUCCCUUGCUCUCCCUUUCUCUGGUCAUUUCCCCUCUGUCCAGACUCUGAAGAGGCUGGAGCAGCAGCAGCUCACCUGCAUGCGUCAGCUGAGUGAGGAGCAGAGGACCUUUGCCUUCGUCAUGAACAAGAGGCUUAGCCAGAGGGGCCCUACGAGGCCUCAAACGCUCCCCUCCACCUCAGCCUCCUCCAUCUCCCCUCCGUCCGUUACGGGUUCCCAGUCCGCCCCGGCUGCCCUCGCCACCCGCACUGGGGCCAACAGAGCUGGCAGUGCCAAGAGCGCCAACAGCAGAGUCAAGUUUGAGCAGUCUUCUUCCAGCCUCUUGCCGUGGGCAGUGACAUUGCAGAAGAAGAGUAUGGAGACACAAGGCAGGGAGGCAAGUGAGACGAUCACUGUGAGUGGUCCUCUGUUCCAGAUCCUGACCUGACCAUGAGCUGCAUUACUCUGAGUGACCGCUGUAAUGGCUGCCGAAAUUACGUUUCUUUCUGUACAGGUGGCCUUUUUGGUAGGAUGAGAAAUAUCUGUUUUGUUAAUUACUAUUCUCUCUUUUUUUUUUUUUAGGUUUUGAAGGAGUAUGGGGCAUCGGCUGGUCAAAGGUGUUGUUGUGAAUGUGGUCACACCAGGGAGCUGUUGGACAGGAGACUGAGCUGUCCAGCCAUAUUACAGAGGCAUCACUCUUGA